AUGGCACCGUCCAAAUCUAUCAAAUAUUUACUUUUCAUUUACGUUGCUGGCUCGCUAUUUUAUGCUACGUUUCACGUUCUUCAGUUGAGCCAGAACAGUCCCCCUGUACCGCGACAUGUCCGUCCUGGUGGUCGAAUUGCACCUCGUUCUGCUCAAGAUGAACCAAUGUUCCAGCAACAACAGCAUGUUCUCGCAACAACAACAACAACAGCAGCAACUCAUCGAGGACGGCAGCAGCAGCAGCCCACUCUGAAUGACUUGACCAUGUCGAAAGUAUUCUACAGCUCCAUGGGCAGCCAGAAAAACGUCCACCCGUACUUUUUUAAAUCGAAAGCGACACAUAGCAACGACGACAUAACCAUCGCAACACUUGUCACGCCAAACCGUUUCCAUGUUCUGAGUCGUCUUGCAACCAACUAUGGAGGACCCAUCUCCGCCGCCAUUCAUAUCAGCAAUACGGAUGACGGCCAGGACGCAUUGACGGAGCUGUAUCAGCUUAUGGAAAACAGUCCCGACAUGCAGCAGCACGUCGACGUGCAUUUGAUUAUCGACGAUUAUGACCGCCAAUUCAACAUGUGGAGAAACGUGGCGAAACUAUUCGCCCAAACCGAGUAUGUCAUGAUGCUUGAUGUCGAUUUUCAUGUUUGCACCAAAUUCCCGUCGUCCCUGCGUCUGCUUGCGCCAGAUCUAAAGCAAAAACUAGAUUCGGGCCGAGCAGCACUAGUAGUGCCUGCGUUUGAGUACCUGGAUCAGCAGGAUGGUGAAGACUGGCGUCAUUUUCCAUCGCGUAAGGACCAGCUUAUGCAGCAGCCCAUUGACAUGUUCCAUCGCUCAUGGACUCGCGGCCACGGCUCGACAAACUACACAAAGUGGUAUCAGGCAACAGAGCCGUACAAAGUGGUCGAUUAUAACUAUUCGUACGAGCCCUAUGUGAUUAUAAAAAAACAGGGGACACCCUGGUGCGACGAGCGCUUUAUCGGGUACGGCGCCAAUAAAGCAGCGUGUUUGUACGAGAUCUAUCUUUCUGGCAUCGAGUACUGGGUCCUGCCCAACGAUUUCAUCAUCCACCAGACACACCAUUACCCAGAACAAACACGUAAUAAAGAGCGCUGGUAUAAUCGGAAGCUAUACACGAAUUUCAGGGAGGAGUUGUGCCUUAGAUACGCCCGAAAGAUGAUGGCAGAUGGCGAGUGGGAGACGGCCAGGGCAGAUAACCUCAAAGUCGAGUGUGCUAAAAUCAAGGGAUUUGCUACUACUAUACAAAGAAUUGGCGAAGUAGAGUAA